AUGGCGGAAUCGGAAGGAACACGGAGAAGUCGAAAUGACAACAGCAAAGCUGGUUUUGAAAAGCGUGAAAAGCGACGGGGAAUCCGAAAGCUUCAAGACGCCAUCAUUGAAAAGAAUGUCACUUUGGUCAAGGAGAUCCUCGAAUCAGACUUUGAUGUUGACUUUCAAUAUCGUGGUCAAACGGCCCUUCAGCUUGCUGUGCGAGAGGGGAAUUUAGAAAUCUGCCGACUGCUUAUUGAGAGAGGAGCAGACGUCAAUAUGAGGGAUGCAGAGAUGAAUUCUCUCCUCAACAGUGCCUGCUGGCGAGGUCAUGCCGACAUCGCAAAGUUACUCAUUGAAAACCAGGCUGACAUCGACGACCGCAAUGAUAAUGGUGCCACCGCUUUGCAUGUUUGUGCUUUCAAAGGACAUUCUGAUAUGUGCAGGAUGCUGUUAAAUGCUGACUGCGACCUUGACCUGCUGAACCGCAGGGGUCAGACUGCACUGUACACGGCGACGGAGCAGGGCUAUGAAGACAUCAUGAGGAUGCUCAUUAAGGCCGGGUGUGAUGGUAACUCUGGUGACCUGCAUGAUAACAAAACACCGUUGAUUGUCGCUGCACAACUUGGAAAUGGGUCUCUCGUGCAAGUUCUUCUUGAUGGCGGGUGUAAGACUGACUGUAGAGACAGACUGGGACAGAAUGCGUUGUAUCAUGCGGCAUGUGACGGUCACCUUGAUGUCGUCCGGCGACUGGUAGCAGCUGGAGCUGAUCUCAAUGCUACAACUAACAAAGGUUUCACACCCCUGUUAGAUUCAAUUCGAAACAAUCACAUAGAAGUUGCUGGAGAGUUGAUAUCAUCGGGAUGUGAUGUGAACAAAGCUGAUCGGUACAAACAAGCCCCAUUACAUGCAGCUAUCAGACAAGUUUCUCACUACUUCGACAAGGACAACAAGCCAACAGUGAGUCUGGUGCGGAAACUGGUGUCGAUGGGUUGUGAUCGGAACAUUGCAGAUGGGCAGGGCUGGACACCGUUGUAUCAGAGUGCGUACGCGGGAGACUUGGAAAUAACCACAAUGCUGCUAAAAGAAGGGGCUUCGCUGGACUCUAUCACAAAAACUGGGGAAACAAUUCUACAUGGUGGGGUCUGUGGAAACAGUCCGGAGGUGGUUGAAUUUCUACUCAAGUCAGGUUGCAGUCACAGUGCGGUCAACAAUGGUGGACAGCACGCUCUCACUGCUGCUAUUGUGUCCAGAUCAAAGAUCGAGAUAAUCAAAAUGUUGAUUGAUGCUGGGUCUGACGUGAAUCUGAAGGACACGUCCAGCAACACACUCGCACCGCUCCACGAGGCAGUACAACACAGAUACAAGGAGGCAGCCAUUUUACUUAUUGACUCGGGUUGCAACAUCAACAUUUUGACAUCCCAAAAUGAAACUCCUUUGUAUUUGGCCUGUGCUAAAGGAACCAGUGAAAUUGUGGCUCAUUUGAUCCAGCAACCCAAUGUGGAUCUGCGCGGUGCGAAGCCGUCUAAGGUGGCCAUUCAUGCCGCCAGUUCCAAUGGUCAUGUACAGAUUGUCCGGAUGCUAAUAAAUGCCAGAUGCAACUUGAAUCAGCUAAACGAUGGUGGACUGACCCCUCUGCAGACCGCCAUCCAGGAAGACCAGUACCCAGUUGCUAAGGAACUGCUCAAACAUGGUUGUGACAUCAACGCACACGCCAAAAUAACUCGCCUCAUGAAAUGCUGUCUGCUUCAAGAAGACAGUCACCCACAUUUCGGCCUCGAGCCGCUGUUUCUGGCCUUGAUUCACAAAAACAUUGACUUGAUGAUGCUUCUCUUCCAGUGCUACACGCACGUGCCGUACGAAACCGUCAAACUGCUCGACACCAUUCUUCGCCAGGAGCAGCAGUUGAACUUCCACUACAGCCCGCAGUUGAAGAAGAAGAUAUUCGACAUGUUCAAUCAUUUCAUAUCAACCCCCAAAACAUUACUGGAUUUGUGCCGAGGGAGCUUGAGGGAUGUCUUGGGCUCCCGACCUCAUGCCAAGGUCAAGUGUUUGCCAUUGGCCAAUAAACUGCAGGAUUAUGUUUUGAUGACAGAGACCUUCAUGACAUUGGAGGAAAAAGAAAGAUUUGAAAAUGGGGAGCAUUUGGACGAGAACGGAUUUGGGCUUCAAGUCCCAAAUGAAGGUCAGAUGUUUGCCCUUGGUUAACAAUUGGCAUAAUAUUAAAUAGCUAUGCAAUAAGUGGAUCUUUGAAAAACAAUAAGUCUUCCCUUUGAUGAGACAGAAGUAAAUCCUGAGGUUUCAAGUCAACAUGUUUGCAAGCAGAGGUGAAAGAAAGCAAGGUCGAAUAUUUGACCUUGGUGGGCAACAGAUCAUCAAAAGGUAGCCAGGAAUGAAACAGUUCUGGGGUUUUUGGAACUAGUGUCACCAAAAACUGUUCCUGUCCAUCUUUGAUGAAAAACAAUAAUCACCUUCUUGUUUUGUUUAAUGACACAACUAGAGCACAUUGAUCCUUCUUGUCUUCCGAAGAACACACUCAAAGUUGAGUUAAUGGAGUAUUAAACUGAAAGCUUGUAAAGCAGCAAGCUAACAAAGAGUAUUAAAAAUAACACCACACAAAGCUUUAAUACAGCAGGCUGUUUAAUACAGAUCAAUUGUCACUUCAUUUAAUUAAAAGUUGGUGUCUUGGUACAAGUAUGGUAGGUGUAUGAGCAAGUUUGAGUUUUGGCAUUUAGUCUGAGGGCAUAAAAAACACUAGAAAGGUCUGACCCUGGCUAGCAAGGGACAACUGAUUUAGUCCAAAUGUUUUAAAACGAAGGUCCGAUAUUAAUCAUUCAGGUUCUAAUGUCUGUCUUUGGUGACAUUCACUGCUGACUUUGUAAAAUAAUUUUUGUGAUGUUAAUUUACAUUUCUUACACACCCAUUGGUGAGAACAUCAUUCAUUAUUUUUGAUAACACAUGCCUGUUUACACAUGUUAACAAGUUUAAGACAUACGCCUGGCUGCUCCUAGGUGAUGAUCAGGUCACUGAUGCAAUACAUCCAAUGAAUAAUUAGCAUGAUCGAAAUCCAUUACAUUGUAAUCAUUUGUCUGUGAUGCAUAAGUUAACUACAAGUGCAAAGGCUGUAAAUAACUUUUCGUCAAAAAAGAUGUUAAAAUUUGCUUAAAACCUGGUUUUUGAGGAUAUGUAAGAAAUAAAAUCAUACAUUUUUGCUCGUUAGAUACAUUUUAAAAAAACUCGUAAGAUAAAUGGUUCUAACGGCCACUCAUGUAUUAUUCUCUAUUUCUAGAGGAAGAUUAAGUUAUAUUCACCACAAACUGUUUUUCUGCAUGACAAAUUAUUUAGUUGCACCACUUUUUAUUAAAAUAAAAGUAUUUGCUCAAAAUAUUUUUUAUUAACUUAGUACAAAAAUACUGCAUCAAGUUACUGCACAUAAUAUAUUAUGUCCAAUAGUAAGUGUUACUAAGUUACUGCACGUAAUAUAUUAUGUCCAAUAGUAAGUGUUACUAAGUUACUGCACGUAAUAUAUUACGUCCAAUAGUAAGUGUUACUAAGUUACUGCACGUAAUAUAUUACGUCCAAUAGUAAGUUACUAAGUUACUGCACGUAAUAUAUUACGUCCAAUAGUAAGUGUUACUAAGUUACUGCACGUAAUAUAUUACGUCCAAUAGUAAGUGUUACUAAGUUACUGCACGUAAUAUAUUACGUCCAAUAGUAAGUGUUACUAAGUUACUGCACGUAAUAUAUUACGUCCAAUAGUAAGUGUUACUAAGUUACUGCACGUAAUAUAUUACGUCCAAUAGUAAGUGUUACUAAGUUACUGCACGUAAUAUAUUACGUCCAAUAGUAAGUGUUACUAAGUUACUGCACGUAAUAUAUAUUAUGUCCAAUAGUAAGUGUUACUAAGUUACUGCACGUAAUAUAUAUUAUGUCCAAUAGUAAGUGUUACUAAGUUACUGUAAUAUAUUAUGUCCAAUAGUAAGUGUUACUAAGUUACUGCAUGUAAUAUAUUAUGUCCAAUAGUAAGUGUUACUAAGUUACUGUAAUAUAUUAUGUCCAAUAGUAAGUGUUACUAAGUUAAUGUAUGUAAUAUAUUAUGUCCAUAAUCCAUUAGUAAAUAUUACUAGUUAUACUAGUUAUACAUGUACAAAACUAGUAAAUGUUACCAAGUUACUACAAGUAAACAAAUGUAGUGUGUACAUACCUGUAGUAAACAUGACCCAGUUACUACUACUAAACAAAUGUAGUGUUACUAAUUAUACAUAUACAAACCUCUCAUCAUGCUCAUUAUUACACUCUGCCUAUCAUUCUCAUUUAUCUAUUUAAUCUAUAAAAAAGAAACAUUUCCAAUUUCUCCUAUGAGUUCAGUAUGUUUUGACUUUGUUUAGUCAGGGUUUUCUAAUUGCAUCUUCUGGGCUGUUUACACUAUUGCCUACCUUUCUCCGCUUCCUCCAUGGGUGCAGUUUCUGUGUACUGUGGACUGUUGGUAGGAGGGGCGUAUAGCAGGUGGUUACGAGUGUCUCUUAGCAAUGUUAUUUAUAAGGAACUACUGAAUAGAGUGCUCAGACUAAGCCCACAACAAAAGCUGAUGGGAAAUGGCAGGUGUAUAGCACAGAUAGCCACAAGAGACAUGCACAUGUUGUGGUUGGAGAAACAAGGACUGGGAUGUGGAGGUGGACAGCAAACAAAGUUGAAAGAUGAGAGGAUCUGCUAGAUCAGGAAGAAAUAAGAUAGAAUUCAAUGGAGGAAAGAGGCAGUAUGAUUUUGUUUAAAAGAAAUUUUCUUUAUACAACAUGCAAAAAUAAGCAGAUGGACAUUUUAUUUUUACAUUAAAAUAUUCUUUUAUUUAAAAAAAUACUUUUCAAAUUUAUUUUGUAAAUUUCAUAAAUGAAUAUUUGCAAUGCUGUACAGCAAAGGCUUAAUGAGGGUAUUACAAUAAAGCUUCAUGUAGAUAUAAUAAAAUUAGCUUCUCAAAAAUUAAUAGAUUGCGGUAUUGACAUGAAUACUUGUUUCAGAAGUAGGCCUACAUGAAAUUGGGUGUAAAAUAAAGAUUAGAUCAGGGCCCAGUUUUAUGAAGCGAUUUUAGUGCUGAAAUAACCAUAAGUCUCUACCUAUCUGAUACACUUAAGGUGAUUUCAGCGCUAAGAUCACUUCACAAAACAGGAUCCUGGAUUUGGGUUAAACUAUGUAAUAAGAGACUGACUUAAUAAAGUUAUGGUAUAAUAUGGUAAUGACAUAUCAUCUCCGAUUGCCUCACAUUAAUAUACAUAUACUAGGCCAGUUCAUCUAAACUAUAAUAUAAUAUGCAGAGCCUGAUAACAGUUUCUGAUCCUUCUGAUCGCUUGAUCUCUUCUGAUCUAAAUGUUAACCAUAAUUUUUGUACUUACCCGAUGCCACAUAAUGCAAGGAUUGUUUUGCACUCAGGUCCAGUUCGACUACUCAGUACUGGACACACAUUGUACUGAAUAUUGCAUGCAAAAAUUAAUUCCAUAAAUAAAACAACAAUGGAGGCCGCCAUCUUUGUAUAUAGUCUCGGCUAAGGCUAAUGAGGAUUGGCGAUCUUCAUGGCUGUUGUAUAUUUGGCUGAAAGCCCAGCUUAAGGCCACCCCAACCCAUCUGAACUUUCUCAUGCAUAACACAGUUUGCAUCUUGUAUUAUUAUAUUAUUUUGCAUACUAAGCAUGAGUCACAUCUAGUAUUAUUAUAUUGCUUUGAUAUAAUUAGUCGAGCAGGGGGCAGUUUUUCCCUGCAAGACAAAAUGUUUAUUUUUGUUAGAGGUGCCCUUUUUGUUUCUAUGUUAAUGUGCCCGGUUCCUUUUUUUCACUGCCUUUCCCCAUUUUCCAAGUCAUCUUUGGCUAGGUAUGGUCUUUACUUUUUACCGUUUCCAACUGCAUGUUGGGUAUAAAAUAUCGAACAAGAGAAUAUUAGUCCGAUUUCAAUCAAAUCUUUAAAUCCAAGUUCCUUUGAUAAAUGAAAGAAAAAAAUGGAAUAGAUUUUUUUAAGACCAGUCCAGAGUGAUGCCAUUUUAAGAUAUUUCCGACAAAUAGAUCUUUUUUAAUAAUUUAAAUUACAUAUUAAAUCAUAUUUUCUUGUUUAGAAUAUCAGUAUUAGUUUUUAUGUAUAUCCAUUGUGCUUCUGGCCAGUCAGAUGUUUGUUGUUGAUGUAUGUGCAAAAUUAUUUUGAGCUAAAAUCCAAUUUGGGCUGCUUGUAAGCAUUAGGAAAAAAAAAAAAAAAAAAAAAAAAAAAAAAAUCUUCAUUAGAUUUUCAGACAUUAAAGGUUCAGAAAAGGAAAUAUAUUUAAUUAGAUUUAAUUUUUGUUGCUGAAAAUUCUUUACUUAGUAUUUGUCAGAAACAUGUCACAACUCAGGAUAGUCAAAAAUUUGUUUCCAGUCUAAGUGAGGAAUAUACAUGUAUAAAUCAAGUAAAAAUAACUUUGAAUUUAGUGUAUUUAAUUACUAUGGUGAUUUACAUUAAUGGGGCCAUUCAGUGAUCAGUGUUUUCACAAGUUUUUAAACUGUACUCAUGUGUAUGUGUGUGUGACUUGGGUUAAUGCCAUUAUUUAUAAGCAAAGUAACAGUACUUCUAGCAGGGAGAAUUGAGGUAUGAAAACCAGUGUUCUUGGUAUGCCUGUGAAAAUAUUGUUAAUUGUGAUUGGUCCCAAAGCUAGAAUUAUCAUAAAGUAACUCUCAAUCAUCAGAACAGUUUGACUGCUGAAGUAGGUAUUUAAGAUUGAAGUAGGUAUUUAAGAUGAUAGUAGCUGCACAGUUGUAUUACUAAAACUGAACAGUGGUGUCGUUUCAGAAUUCCUUGUGGAUUGUUUUAUUAGACUUUGCUAAAUUUAUACAAGGAUUGUAUUUUUGAAAUACCAUAUCAGUAUUUUUGUUUGUUAGUUUUGUAAUUUACCAGAGUUAUGCAAAAAAUAAAAUGUUAUGCAUUUC